UGAACGUGAUGAUUGACAACUGUAUUAGCAUUGCAAAAGAUAAGGUCGGUUGUUGCGUGCUACAACAGUGUAUCGAUUACUGUUAUGGAGAAACAAGAGGACGUUUGAUUGCUGCUAUAAUUGGAGAAGCAUUAAGCCUAGCACAAGAUCGUUAUGGAAACUAUGUGCUGCAACAUUUACUUGGGUUAAAGACACCUCAAGUCACAUCAUCUCUUCUGAGACAGUUUCAAGGGAAUUAUAUGUUUCUCUCCUGCGGCAAAUAUGGUAGUAAUGUUGUGGAGAAGUGCUUGUUAGAGUCAGAAGAGGAACAGUCUGCCGAUAUUAUUAGAGAGUUGUGUAUAAGUCCGAACCUUUCAAUGCUUCUUAUGCAUCCUUUUGGAAACUAUGUCUUCCAGACCGCACUGUCAGUUUCUAAGGGUCUCGCCCAUGCUUUUCUCUUAAAUCUGGUUCAACAAUACACUCCUGCUUUGCUCAGCAAUCAAUAUGGAAAAAGGGUGCUUGCUUGGCGUGAAAGGAGCUUGCGACGUAUGUAGACAACUAGAUAUGUACAACUAUGAGUUUGUAGGAUACCUUCUGAAGUAAUUUUCUAGGGAUGGAAGGAUUUGUUCAUCUGAAAACGGAUACACUGUAAUGGAUAAUCGGCAGCUGCAUAGAAGCUAACCUACUUUUGGCAUAGCAAGGGAGAUCUUUGAGAAAGGGAUGUUCUUAAACUACAAUGUCUGUUCUUAAACUGUAGAGUUUUGUAAUCUUCCCCUGCUGAUUGUUGUACCAAUUGUUACAUUAACUACAAGGCAAUACUAUGUUGAAAUUGUUUCUA